UUCCAUUCCAGAACCCUUCCCUCACGGGAAUAGGCUCUGAUACCAGAAGUAACCCGAGUCAUUAGGUGGGCCCUUAUUACCCAACGAAGAAGGAGCUAGACGUUGCAGAGGAAUUGAACUGGAGUGGCUUCUCUGAAAACAUUAUUUGAGAAUUUCCGACAUUUCUUGUUUCGCCCAUUUUCCUUCCAAUUGAUUCUUUUCUUCAACUCCAGAAUAUAGCUUUUCUCUUCAAGAAUACACAUUAUGUUUGUUCUUUAGAACCCCAAACCCCAGCACCCACUCUUCACGUUUCACCUGCUUCAACAGGUAAUGUAAAGAUGAGUGUCUGCUUUGCUGCUGGUCAAUCUUCGAUAAAUUCUGUUGUUGUCCUAAAUGGUCGUUCUCAGCUGCUAUUGAGCAGUAAUACCAGCGGUCUUUGGUCCCGAGGAAUAUCCACUUCAUUUUCUUCUAGUUUAAAUCAUGUUGGUCUUUCUAUUUGCACAAAAUCGUCUUCUUCAACUAUUAUGGGUCAAACAAUCAGAGGAGGUUGCCUUGGAUCAUGCUGCUCCAAGCAAACGGGCAACACUCAAUUCUUUAGUUCUGUAGUACCUCGGAAAAGGCAUCGUGGAAUUUCAUUGGCAUGCCAAAGUAUAAAUAUGAGGCUUUUGGUACCUAAACAAAAAAUGAAAGUGAGAUGUAAUGUGGGACCGAUAACUUGGCCACAUGGGUGUGCAUCAGUUGGCUUGAUUUUUGGAUUAUUUGUAUGUAAUUUAUCUUCUGAGCCUGCACAUGCUGAGGCAAAAUAUGAAAAUGAAAAAGGGAAAGAUGACUGCAAUGAGGCAAAUGCGAAAUUCUCACAUGGGAAGAAAGUUUACACUGACUAUUCGGUAAUCGGAAUACCUGGGGAUGGAAGAUGCUUGUUCCGCUCUGUUGCACAUGGAGCUUGUUUGAGAUCUGGGAAACCCCCUCCUGGUGAAAGCUUGCAGAGAGAGCUCGCAGAUGAUUUACGGACCAGAGUUGCUGAUGAGUUUAUCAAAAGAAAGGGAGAGACAGAAUGGUUUAUUGAAGGUGAUUUUGAUACAUAUAUUUCACAAAUAAGGAAGCCUCAUGUGUGGGGAGGUGAACCUGAAUUGUUCAUUGCUUCACAUGUUCUGCAGAUGCCAAUUACUGUAUACAUGCAUGAUCAAGAAGCUGGUGGCUUGAUAUCAAUUGCUGAGUAUGGCCAAGAAUACGGCAAGGAGAAUCCAAUUAGAGUUCUCUACCAUGGGUUUGGUCAUUAUGAUGCGUUAGAGAUUCCUAGAAGGAAGGGUCUUAAGCCACGACUGUAGCAAAAUAUUUCAAAUGUGGAAGAGAUUAAAGCCUAUAUUAAAAAAAAAAAUUAUUGACAUUUAUAAUGCGAUUGAGCUCAAUGCAUAUAGUGUGGUCUGUAUAGCUAACCUCACUCAGUGGGAUAAUGCUUGUUGUUGUUGCUGUUUAACUUUUAUAAUUUCAUUUUCAUACCUUUCAGGUCUGGGAAGACAUGAGCCAGUGAAUAAUGAUUUUCACUUUAUUGCCGUGCCA